UGAGUUUCCCGUCUCCCUCAAUAUCGCUCUAGCCUCCCUCGGCUACUUCCGCCUCUCCUCUUAGGUCUUUUAGCUUAUUUCACCACGUCUGUCGCUGGUCUCGACCUCUCGACCUCUCGACCUCUCGACCUUCAUACCUUCAUUCUCGCCUCGCGUCAUCGGACUCUCUCCGUCUUCUCCGCUUCAAUCUUUCAAUAUGCCGGUUCUUCGCCUCCCUUCGCCUUCCACAGGAGUCAUCCCGUCUUCUCAAGCUACAUCCGGCUUUGAAAAGGUGUGGCGCCGCGCACUGGAUCAGGGGCACAAGGUCUUAGUGGAUUCCGGCCUCUUGACGUUUUACGGCAUCAUCUUCGUCCUGGCAGUGUUCGUCGUCAUUGCACUCAUGGUGUGGACGCCUUACUACUUGAAGCGAGAGCUGCGCCGAGCUGCCAAGGCCGAUCUGGAGCGCGGUGAAACGGCUGUGGAGCUGCAGACGAUCCGCCUUGCCUACAGCGAGCGCGAGCGUCAAAUCGUCCAUGUCGUGCAGGAGAACGACAACCUCAAGCGCGAGAAGGGCGAGCGCAUGCACAAGAUCGACGUCCUGGAGCGCGAGAAAGGCGAGCUUGCGCAGGAGAACGUCGUCCUCAAGCGCAGAAACGGCGAGCUCGAAGCUGACCUGGAGAAGGCAAAGCGGCAGCAGGACAACGCUGACGCGCUUCAAACGCAGCAGCAGAAGGUCCUCAACGCCAGCAGCGACCUCCUGCGCAAGGUGUCUGAGCUCGAGACCGAAGUCGAGGCCCUCAAGAGCGACCAGCUCGAGAGGGCUGAGGCAGUGAGCAGCGCCGAGGUCGAGAGACUUCAGUCUCGAGUUGUCCUUCUCGAGGCCCAGCUCGCCGGCGCUCAAGAGCUCAGCGAUGACACUCGCGAUGACCUUCAAGGUCUCAGCGCUGCGAUGAACGAGUCGAUUGAGGAGCAGCAACGCGACAUCCGCCAGCUCAACGCGGAGCUGCAAGCCUCCUUCUCGCGCAUCGCCAGGCUUGCGCGCGAUGGAAAAGAGAAAUCUCGACAGCUCGCCGAUGCGGGGAAAGCGGUGACUGCGGCGGAGAGUUUUGGCGAUGUGUAUCGCCGCCUCGCCAAGUGGGAACAAAGUGUGCAUGCGCACUUUAAGCGAGAGGUAGCCCAAAGGCAGGGCGAGGCGCUGGCCUGCUUCUGUCGCGCCUUCAAGAGGAUCGGCGUGGAGUACGAGGCCUUUUUGCGCGAGCUGUUUGUAGCCGAGCAGGACGGAUACAGGGCGUUUACGGCGGUCUCUGGUUUCUUAGACGGGCGCGCCGAGGCAAGACGUCAAGCGGGGACGGUGCACUUCAGCAGCAAGGCUUGGCUGGACGUCAACCAGACAUUACGUGUGAGGCUGGAAGAGAUUUGCCGAGAGGCUCCCAAGAGCCUGAUCGAUGACCUGCGCCAGCGCUGCGUCAUGAAUAUGGACAUCUUGGAGCGAAUGUUCAGCAACGCGCUCUUGUCCGCUCUUGGGGACAUCGACAUGGCGCACAACGAGCGCAACUGGGCAAUUGAAGCUCAAGCAAAAGCCAACGCUGAAGCCGAAGAUCGUCGCAACAAGGACGAAACGGCCAAAGAUAAGCUCGAGCUGGUCAAGCUCGCGUUCACCGAGGCCUGGCCACCGACGGAUCCUUAAAGUCGAGGCUUCUGACCUUCUCCUCGCUGUUGGCAGCGCAAGUCUGGACGAUGCCCCUCUCUCCAGUCUCGCCCCCCCGCUACCACGAUCGCAAGCCUGGACGAUGCCCAACGGUCGCCCAUCCCCGCGGACUUCUUCGGCGUUGCGCCUCUCUUUCUCGACAGCGUCUCAGUGACAGCGCCUCUUGCUUCCGGCCGCCAGCCCGCACCUCCCUACGGCCUCUUUCCGCGGUGCCUCUCUCGUUCUCCUUGCUGUCCCACUUGCAGCGCCUCUUGCGCUCGGCCGCCGGCUCGUGCGU